UGAACUACAGCUUGCUGUACCAUACUGCCCAGCAUAUUUUCGGCGUAUUUGUAGUCUUGCUUACGUGCUUCGUAUGUGACGCGCCAGUGUCUUAAUAGCAAGUUAACAGAAGUACUUCUUAGAGAAGCUGGAAUGUGUCAACUGAAACACCUCCUCCUACGGUUCUUGUUUUCGUUGUUUGCCGCGCACUUGCCCCUCAAUGUUUCCAGUUUUGAAAAUAGGCUUAACAGCAUCAGAACGGUUGAAGAAUAUGUUGGCAUGUGCCCACAAGGCAAUUUAAACAAAAACGUUCCUUCUCGUGAGGCUCUUAUUACUGGUGUCUGUAAAGAUUGGUCUGAAUCAUCGUGCUGUUCUGCAGCAACGGCUCAACGAAUCGACACUGGCACACUAUACAAUUUCAGUCACUCGCACUGUGCAAAUAUUUCUGCGGAAUGUCUUGAAUUUUUCAAACGUGAUCUAUGCUCUUACGAAUGCUCCUCUGAUCAUGGGCCAUGGAUGGUGAAAACGAAUAGAAAAAUUGGCAUAGAACGGCCUUUCGCCGUCCCACUAUGUGCUCAGGACUGCCACAUGUGGUGGGAAGCCUGCCGCAGUGACAUGACGUGCGUCAGAAUGUGGUCGGUGGAAUUUGAGUGGCACACAGGUCAGAAUACAUGUCCCAGCGACAGCCAGUGCGUGACUUUCGAACAGACUUAUCGCAACGCUGUAGACUUUUGCGAGUCCGUCUGGGAUGAUGCGUGGCGCGUUGAACACUCGGACCAGUGUAUGCAUUUUGUCCCUCACGGAGGACCGUUUCAGCAACACAAUCGGGAAGUCGCUAGGGCUAAAGCCAGGGAGAUAGUGCAGAGGUUGUCUUCGCUUAGUGUAAGACCUACCAUCGCCGGACUCCUGUGCAACUUGCUCAUAGGUCUCAUUUUUCAUACUGCGCUUUGGUUCUAAAGAUCCCAUGCCUUCACAUCAUUAAAUUUUACACAAUCACAGACCUUAGUUUUGUAAUUUUAUAAGAAAAAAGUUAUUUUUUUCCAAAAAUUGUUAAACUGAAAUCAGCGCUAGGUCCAGGAACUCCACUUUAGCCGGGUCUUUCUACUUGUUUCAUACACCAGUGUCUCUUACGGAUACGUCUGGGCGUACCCUUUGUUGUUCUCAUUGUUUUUACUGAAUUCUGCCAAAUCCCUUCUCCCUUAUCUUGUUUUUUUAUUUGAUUAUUUUCACACGAUUCACUGUUCUUAUCUGCAUAACGUCUUUUCUUAGUUCACUCAGCAACUUGUUUGAAUCUACCCUUCUUGUCACAAACCACGUAAACAUUCCAUUGAAUCAAGAUCCAUAUCAUAGACUUUAAAUUCGAAAUAAAUUUCUUCGGUAU